AUGGAAGCUCUACUGACGAAGCAAUUGGAGCUCUUGGAGUCUUAUUGGGAGAAGUUUACUAACAAUCAUGAUCAGCUGGUAUGUUAUGAAAAGGAAUUGGCAGCACAUCAAUAUUUCGCCGAAGACGGCUAUUGCUUCGUCGAGCUGGAGUACAUCGGCGCGAAGUCACGCAUCAGAGACCUGCUCGCCCUCAGACGUCCGCCCCCUCCUGCUCCGACUUCACAAGUCACGGAAGCGGCCCCGACGAAUCGAUCUGAGCUCAGAAUCGAACAGUUUUCGGCACUGCCUAGCCUCGCACUCCCGAAAUUCUCUGGCAAGCAAGAGGAGUGGGAGAGCUUUAAGCAACGGUUCUCCACACUAGUCCGAGACAAGGAAUCAAUCCCAAAAGUGGCCAAACUGCAGCACCUUUUGAACGCAGUUCAAGGCCCAGCUGCAUUGCGCUUACGAGAAAUGGAAAUCACAGAGGCCAACUUCGAUGUCGCGUGGGACAAAUUGAUGCAUCGAUACGAUAAUAAGCGUAUCCGGCUUACCAACACACUGGAACAUCUAAUUCAGCUACCUAUGGUAAAAGCGCGAAAUGCGCAGGAGCUCAGCGAUCUCAUCGACCACUCGGAGGAAGCAUUUCGUUCAUUGAAGGAACUUCAGUGUCCGGUAGAGCACUAUGAUGCGUGGAUAGGGCACUGCGUAGUACGCAAGCUCGAUGCGAACUCUCGCGAGUCGUGGGAGAUUUCGCGUGAAGACGCCACCGAUCUGCCGACCUAUAGCGAUCUCGUAAACUUCCUCGAGAGACGCAUCCACUCCUUGGAGCAAGCCAGACCGUCGAAUGAGACCAGUGACGCUCACACCACAAGAUCUCGCAAUGGAGGACAACAGCGCGCGUUCGCCAAUAACACGCAAGUGCAGGAGGACAGCACUGAAGCAAGAAACGCGCCUCUUUGCGACUUGUGCCAAUCAGCGCAUUGGCUCCAUAAGUGCUUCAAGUUCUUGGCCAAGUCUCAACCUCAGCGUUUGGAGUUCUGCAGAAAGAAGAAGCUGUGCCUAAAUUGUUUACAUAGGUCGCAUUUUGUUGACCGCUGCCCGUCGAAUUCGCGAUGCUGGACCUGUAGAAGAAAGCAUCACACUAAGCUCCACGCCGACGAUGCUGACAGGAGAACGACGAGACGUCGAGAGGCGAGCGGUGGCGGCGAGGACCAGGUCGACGGAGUCGAGGACCCUGAGGUGGACUCUAUGAUGGAGCCAACAGUCAAUGCGCAUACCACGAUCGCGAGCGCGAACAUCCUGCUUGCUACGGCACGCGUGAAGAUAAUGGCAGCAGACGGGACUUCAUUGACUGUUCGAGCUUUAAUCGACCCUGCUGCACAGCGAUCAUUUAUCUCGGAGCGAUUGGCUGCGCAAUUACAGCUAUCCAGGAGGAAAACAGCGUGGGCUAUCAUCGGACUUGGCACUGGAGUGACCGCAAGAGCGCGAAGCGAAAUGUGCUGCACAAUCAAGUCGCUGAAGCUCGCAGAUUUUGCCAUGGAUAUUUCAGCACUGAUACUACUGGAGAUAACAAGAUAUCUACCGCAGCAAAAGAUACCAUUCGAUUCUUGGCCGCAUUUGAAGGAUCUCGAGUUGGCCGACGCACAGUUCCAUAUACCAGCUAAAGUCGACUGCGUGUUGGCCGCCGAUGUUUACCCGCUGUUGAUAUUGGAAGGAUUGGUGAAAGGAAGAAUAGCAUCUCCGGUCGCACAAAACACCGUAUUUGGUUGGAUUAUUACCGGCCCCAUGCUUCCAGACAGGAAAUUUCUCGACGUCGCAACCGUGCGAGCUUUUCAUACGAUUGUCGAGCCGUCUGUCUCUUCGAUGGUAUCAAAGCUGUGGGAACUGGAAGAAGUGCAAGAAAAGCAGCAUCUCACUGAAGAUGAAAAGCGCUGCGAAGACUCAUUCACCAGGACCCACUACAGAGACGAGAACGGCAGGUUCGUCGUGCGACUCCCAUUCGCAAAGCGGCUCGCUUUGGGAGAUUCGCGCGGCGCGGCACAGGCUUGUUUGUUGCGCACAGAGAAGCGUUUUUCGCUCAACACUUCACUGUGCGAGGCUUACUGUACGUUUAUGAAGGAAUACACGGAGCUGGGUCACAUGGAGUUGGUGCCACACGGUCAACGCUCUCGUUCGACCUUUUACAUGCCGCACCAUGCCGUGUUUCGUGACGACAAGCCAGGAGAGAUACGAGUCGUCUUGAACGCCUCACGCAAGACAACAAACGGGCUCUCGCUCAAUGAUGUGCUGCUGCCAGGACCCAAGCUUAGGGCUGAUAUCACGGUGGUGCUCAUCAACUGGCGAUUUUUUAAAUGUGCAGGAACCACGGACGUCGAGAAGAUGUUUCGGCAGAUUCGAGUACACGACGACGAUGUGGACUUCCAGAGAGUGCUGUGGCGUCUCGAGCCAUCAUUGCCAAUACAGGAUUUUCGAUGUACCACAGUAACGUAUGGCACAGCAGCGGCUCCAUUCUUGGCUCUGCGUGUGAUGCAGCAAUUGGCCGAGGAUGGACAGAGGGCGUACCCCGAGGCGGCCGAAGCGUUGCACCAUCAGCUGUACGUGGACGACGUGUUUUUCGGAGCAGACUCGCUGGAGGAAGCCUUAUCGCGUCUAGAUCAAAUAGUGAAAUUGCUCGCGUCGGCGGGGAUGAGGCUUGGCAUCUGCACGGCUUUGCUGACGCUUCCAAGAGAGCGUAUGCGGCGGCGAUUUACGCGGUAA